UCAAAUCCUUUUCACUGAAUCCUACAGUGCAUGUUGAAGUGAUCACAAAAUGGAUGAGAUGAAAGAUGCAUGUGGAGUUUUUGGCUGUGUAGCUGGCGGCAACUGGCCCUCCCAGCUCGACGUUGCUCAAAUUAUACAUCUGGGUCUGAUUGGUUUGCAACACCGAGGACAAGAAAGUGCUGGCAUUGUCACAACUGAUGGAGAAUCGGGUAAAUUUCGACAGAAGCGGGGCAUGGGUCUGGUCGGCUCUGUAUUCUCUGAGGAUGAUCUGCUGAGACUGAAAGGAAACCUGGGUAUAGGCCACACACGGUACUCAACCCAAGGUGUCUCGGACUUGGUGAAUAUUCAACCUUUCACUGUGGAGACGAUCCAUGGGCUGAUAUCUGUUGCUCACAAUGGAGAGCUUGUUAAUGCUCCAGCCCUGAAGAAGAAGCUUCUGCUACACGGAGUUGGACUCUCAACUACCUCAGACAGCGAACUCAUCACCCAGCUGCUCACACACACCCCAGCUUGUGGUGAGCCUAAUGGUGUCAACUGGGUGGGACGCAUUCAGAAACUGAUGACCGAGGCACUGACUGCUUACUCUUUGGUUAUCCUGCACCAGGAUAGAAUCUAUGCCGUUAGAGACCCGUUUGGGAACCGUCCCCUGUGUAUUGGCAAGCUGGUGCCUGCAGUGGCUUUUACCAGUAACCACACAAUAACAGAUCAAGACAUCGAUGGAUGGGUUGUGUCUUCGGAGUCCUGUGCUUUCCAUGCUAUUGGUGCGAGGUAUCACAGAGAAGUUCUCCCUGGAGAGAUUGUCGAACUGAGCAAAGACGGUAUUCGGUCGUGUUACAUUGCAGAAAGACCUGAAGCAAAGAAGUCAGCAUUUUGUAUAUUUGAAUAUGUGUACUUUGCGAGGCCAGAUUCAACUUUUGAAAAUCAGAUGGUUUACACUGUCCGGCAGAGAUGUGGCAAACAGCUGGCACUGGAGGCCCCUGUGGAAGCUGACCUUAUUAGCACUGUCCCCGAGUCGGCAACACCAGCUGCCAUGGCAUAUGCCAAACACUUACAGAUCCCUUACAUGGAGGUUUUGUCCAAGAAUCGUUAUGUUGGACGGACAUUCAUACAGCCGAGCAUCAGACUGCGGCAGCUGGGUGUGGCAAAAAAAUUUGGACCUUUGACUGAAAACUUCCGUGGCAAGCGCAUUGUUCUCGUAGAUGAUUCCAUUGUCCGUGGCAACACCAUGGGCAACAUUGUGAGACUGUUGAAAUCCUUUGGGGCCAGCGAGGUCCACAUUCGUGUGGCUUCUCCACCAAUCAAAUUUCCUUGUUACAUGGGAAUCAAUAUUCCAACCAAAGAGGAACUAAUUGCCAAUCAGAUGCCCAUAGAACAAAUUGGGUGGUAUUUCGGAGCAGACAGCUUGCAGUACCUGUCGAUUGAAGGGCUGCAGAAAGCAGUGGAGGAAGGCAUAAAAGAUGACAAAGAACAGGGUCACUGUAUAGCUUGUCUUUCAGGGGACUAUCCUGUUGUACCAGAUUGGUAAUGUCUACCGAAAUUCAUUACAGCAGUCCAUGACUGGACAUUGAUAUUGGCAGACAAGGUGAAAAAACAGAUUUCCAGAUUUUAGCACUACUUACAUACUGUUUCUGUACAUUUUUGUGAUAAACAGUUCACAGCAACCUUCUUUUCCGGAUUCUUUGUUUAAUGUCAUUCUCAUCUCUAUAUUGGGUAUACGGGUACAUGUAUAAAGGAUGAUUACUGUCUGUGCAAUCAUGACUUAUAUUAUCCAUGACAAAGAAGGGUCAAUUAUGAUGGUCACAAUUGAGGAAUAUACAGAAUCUUGUCAUGUAUGCGAAAUGAUCAUAGUCUUACAUUUAUAAUGUUGUGAUGAUAUACCUCUAUACAUUGUGUAUAACGUGUGUAAAUUGUGAUGACAAGUGUACAAUAUAAAUAUUAUUCAUGAACAAUAUGUCAUUAACAAUAUUCAUGAGAUUGUUUCUGUGAGGUUGUUUGUUGAUGAAAAUAGUUAUAAUCUUAAUUUGUAUUAUAUAGUCACACAUGUUGAUGAUUAUUGACAUACAUGGAAGUAGCAAAUCCUUGUAAUAACUUAAUCAGAAUCCUUGUAAUAACUUAAUCAGAUGUUAACAUGACAAGUAAGUUAUAUACUAUAUGUAUUAUGGUACACAUUCAGGAAAAAUAUGUAGUUAUUUCAUGUACUUGUAGAUACUUGUGAUAUAUAUGUACAAUCAUGUAUGUUACCUGUUUGAUUUUUGGCAGCUGCCCAUUCAUGAUGAGUUGAAAAAUAAUGUUUGUAGUUGAUCAAUAUUCAUAUAAAGUUGUGAUAGGCUUUUAUAAAGUGCAAGUUGUUUUCUUUGUUAAACAGUGAUAGUGAAUACAAGUAUAUGUUUUUUAUUUCCACCCAGGCAAAUGGGCAACAUUGUUAUUGAUUUCAGGAACAAAUCAUCAGUAUGUAUUUUAUCAACCACAACUGUUCAUUGACAAAUUAUGAAUCACUGAUAAAGAAAGUAAAGGAAUAUUUGUUUAACCAGACCUCAGGCUCAACACAUUAGAAAAACUGACUAUAUGAUGUCUAUCAAGUAACAUGUAACGAGAGAGAGAGACAGACUGAUUAACUACUGCCAUAAAGGUUACUUUUAUAGAAAA